GGGAACAAACGAAUGAAAAUCAUAUCAACGCUUGGCAGUCAGUGGUCUUUGAGAGCGAAUGCGUGAACGAAGCGCGCAUUGUGCGCGCUCGAUGACAUUGAAUUCUCCGCGUAUUUCUUUUCUUUUUCCCCUCCAACUGUUUGUGUGUUUAGCUGAUUGAAUGUUACGACGAGUGCUCUCCAGUGACCGAAAUUCAAAUUAAACGUUACAUAUUUUUUGGGGUUUGUUGCUGCGACAUCUGUCCCGGAAUCGAUUGUUUGCCUCAUCUUUCUUCGUCGUUCUGUACCGAAAAAGAUGAAGCUUCGCGGCCCAGUGACGGCACCGUUAGGCAUCUUGGGUCUUGUUCUGCUCUUCACAUUCUGGAUGUCGCGGAUUGUCUCGGCUUGCUACGUGGAAUCUAACGGGAUGCGGUACUCGAGAGGUCCGAUGUCGGUGGCGGAAGAAGUGGAGGGCCGGGAGAACGACGAGAAGCGACUGUUGCGGCACUUGAUGCGCGGCUACGAGCGCGAUGUCCGUCCAGUCAAGAACGCUUCGACGCCCGUCGUCAUCCAGUUGAGCAUCACUCUGACUCAAAUCUUCGACAUGGACGAGAAGAAUCAAGUCCUCACAUCGAUCGUCUGGCUGGAUCAAGAAUGGAAAGACGAACUGUUGACGUGGGAUCCCAACGACUUUGGCGGUUUGAAGAUUAUGCGGAUGCCUUGCGAGAGGAUCUGGCUGCCCGACAUAGUCCUCUACAACAACGCCGAUGACUACACGCGCGGCUACAUGAACAGUAAAGCCAUGGUGAGCUACGACGGCAACGUCUUCUGGCCGCCGCCGACCAAGUUUCGCAGCACUUGCCCCGUCGACGUCACCUACUUCCCCUUCGACGACCAGACGUGCGUCAUGAAACUUGGCUCGUGGACGUACGACGGAUUCCAGGUCGACGUGACCAACCGGACUUCCGAAGUGGAUCUCACUAACUACGUGCCCAAUGGCGAGUGGGAGCUGCUGGAAGCGCGACUGAUCCGCAACGUCGUCUUCUACAGCUGCUGUCCGGAGCCGUUCCCCGACUUGACGGUGACGCUCAAGAUCCGGCGCAAGAUCCUUUAUUACAUGGUCAAUGUCGUCUUGCCCUGCGUGAUGAUGUCCGUCCUGACCCUGCUCGUCUUCUGCUUGCCUCCGGAAUCGGGAGAGAAGAUCGCACUUGGCAUCACCGUCCUACUGGCCUUCUCCGUCUUCAUGCUGGCCAUCGCCGAGAAGAUGCCAGAAACUUCCGAGUCAAUACCUCUUAUUGGGAUUUAUCUGACGGCCGUGAUGGCGAUUACUUCGAUCUCGGUGGUUAUGACGGUGAUCGUUCUCAACUGCCAUUACAAGGGUCCGACCGCCAAGCAAGUUCCUCGCUGGAUGAGAAGAUAUAUGCUGAAAUCAAAUGCUGGCAGAUUUAACGAGCAUCAUCAGAAACGGCCGACGGCGCAUUAUCAGGCGUUUGAAGAGGCGGCGGCAACAGCCGGUGCCAAUGCGCCCGUUGUCGUUCAGACCGGCAAUUGUUUGGGUAACGGAUGCCGUCACAAGAGCGUCAUGUCUAGCAGCUCCGCCAGCCGAGAAAAUAUCCCAUCCGCCGAAUUUAUGCACAGCGGUGGCGUUGUUGGUGAUGGCAUCGCUGAUAACUAUCGAGGUCUGCCCAAUACGGCCUCAUCUGUUUCCACAAUCCCGAUGACCCUCAACACUUCCGCCCCGCCCCAGUCGUUUCGAUUCCGCGUCGCAGAGUACUCUGAAGAGCGAAAACGCAGUUUUGUCCGACUCAGCCGAAAGUAUCGCCAAGCCCAGCAGAGCCAAGGCGCACAGACGGAAAGUGAAGAUGAUUACGGAGAGGCAAGGCUAUCCAUUAGCGUGCCUACAUCCAGCCUACCUCAUCCUCCAUUAUCGAUACCCGGUGUAGGAGAUACUGCGUUGGAAUCGGGCGGCCUUUGCCAGUCUUGUCGGCGAACUGGCGGAGUGAGUGGCCCUGGAUGCGCUAAGAAUAGUCAUCCGCCGUAUGCUUUCAGCAUGUCAACAUCAAACAAUGAUCCAGAUAAUAUGAUGCGCUACUUCCUCGACCGGCAAAAGUUCACCGAAGAAGGACAAGCCGUCGUUAUCGAGUGGCGCCAACUGGCCGCCGUUGUGGAUCGUAUCCUCUUCUGGGUGUUUUGUAUCAUGACCUCCGUCUCAUCCGCUCUCUUCCUCAUUAUCAUACCGGGAUACAAUCGUGGAUGGUUCAAUCCAAAACCCCUUUAAGUAAAUAACUUUAUCAAUAGUUGAAUGUAAAUGCGCCUUCAUCCAUCCUGAAUUCGGCGUCCUUAUGGAGAACGUUGGCGACUUAUUUUAUGGCGCAACUACGAUGUGAGCGAAGCUUAUCAGUUUAUCCAACCCAAACCAGGGUGAUGUUCUGUAUACAGAGUGUGUGGGUGUAUAUCUGUGCGUGAGUGUGCAUUCUAUUUGAUUUUAACUUAUGGCUGAAGGCCUCGUUUGAGCACAAGAGGACUUUGCCUCUUUGCAAUACUUAAAGGAGCGCGCCACAAGAGUACAGUCAACGCAGUAGCGAUUGAUAGAACUGAAAAAUGUAAAUGUAUUUACGUAGCUUAAUCGCAAAUAAUAAUAAAAAUAAAGUUGGCUGACUCACGA